AUGGAUGCUCGAAAAAUAGUGGUGGUUGUCGAAGGAGUGGAUGCGGCAAGAACUGCACUCCAAUGGGCACUUCACAAUAUCCUUCGUUUUGGGGAUUUGAUUACACUUCUUCACAUAUAUACCACUGCAACAUCCAAAAGCAAGAAGAAGCUCAAGCUUCUCCUCUUGAAAGGCUUCCAAAUGGCUCUCUCUUUCAGAGAAUAUGCAAUUCCUUCCUCAAUACAAAGACUGAGAUUGUUGGGAGGUGAUUCCAUCGUUGGUGGCGAAAAGUGGUGGUCGGCAGUGGCGGCCAAUGGCGUUUAG